CGCACAAGCAGGACACGCUGCUGACCUGGGCCGCUCGUCACGGGCAAGCCGAGGCUCACACGUAUCCGUCACUAGCAGUGCCACUGACUCUGCGCAAGAUGCCAUCAACGUGCAGCCGUCGUCGGCGACCACCAUCAGGGUUGCUGCUCCUCACAGCCUCGCCAUUCUCGCUCGCGCUCGCCGCGGUGAGCGCUCGCAAUGGUGGCCUGCCGGCACCAACCUACUCCCUUCACGACGCCGCUGCAGCUGGCGACAUGAGCGCGGUCGACCUGCUCCUCAGCGCUGGCCUCUCGAGCAACGAGCUCAACGCCAGGCGAAGCACGCCGCUGCACAUCGCAGCCCUGAAAGGACACCGCGAGAUUGCAGCGCUGCUGCUGGCGCACGGCGCUGACCCGAACGCCGCCAAUAUGGGCGGCAGCACGCCGCUCCAUGCCGCGGUUGAGAUGGGCCAGCACGAGCUCGCAGAGUUGCUCGUUUCAAGCGGCGCAGACGCCUCCUCGCCGUCAGGCCUGCUGUCGCCCGAAAGUGCAGCCCCUCGCAUGAUCGCAGCGACCGGUCCGUGGGGUGGUGCCUAGGUGAGGGGUCACAGCCGCUCAAGAUGGCCCUCGGCCAAGGGGAUGCCGGCAUGCUCGCUCCGCCCUCCUGCGCGGCGGCGCUCUCUCCACGCCUCUCUUGUGAUUGUGUGCACGGCGUGUCCUGGUCAGGCAUGCUCUGCGCCCUCCUGGGCGGCGGCGC